AUGGCGAGCCUAUCCGCUACUAGGCCUUGCAUAAGCAGGCUUCUCCGGCCAUGCGACCUACAGGCGGGCUCUGCAGUCCUUGCCCAGACCGGCUUCGCGCCAGCCGUGAUGCGCGCCUCUUUCUCCAGCACCGCGCCGCAGUGCAAGCGAAAGGUCCGCCACAGCAAGACGAGAGACAACAACCGCUUUAGAGGCGUCAGUCUUCUGCGAAGAACUGGUCUUCGCGAGCCAGUGUCCGUAUCCGAUGAGCCCUUGCCCCGUCCCGCCAAUUUUCUCCCCGAUAUCAAGGUCGACCCGAAUCACGGACUCUAUGCCUUCUUCGCCGGACAGGACAAGCUUAUGAACACGCCAGCUGAGGACCGAGAGCACGGGAGGGCGUGGACGGUUGAAGAGCUGCGUAAGAAAAGCUGGGAAGAUCUACAAAGGCUCUGGUGGGUUUGCUGCCGUGAGCGGAACAAGAUCGCGACCGCCGACGUCGAGAGGAAGCGGGCUAGGAUGGGAUUUGGUGCGGCCGAGUCCAAGAACCGAGAUGACGCAGUCAAGAAGUCGAUGAAGUCCAUCAAACACGUCCUGACAGAACGAUUCUACCUGUGGGAGGAUGCCUACGAACUUGCCAAGAACGAUCCCGAGAUCAAUCUAUCUGGCCAAGGGGAUGUCUACGUGCCAAUAGAGGACCAGCAGUAUUUUGAGGAGGAGGACGCGAAGGCGGCGAAGGUUGAUGGGUCAGAACCCAUCAAGCCUGCUCCUGCUGUUUGA